AUGACUUCGUUAACAUUAGAAACUAUCCCACCAGCACUUCCACUAAACGAACGUUUUUCCUCGCUUCGUCGUUGGUACCAGCGAACGGAAAAAACGUCCGAAGCAGCCGAAGCACGUCUGUUAUCAAGACUCGCAUUUUUUUCCCUCGACGGCCAGAAAACGACUGGUAAUCCAGAAAAUUCAAAGACGAUUGCCAGAGUAGGAUUAGUUGAUCUCGAUGGCGAUGGAAAGAGAAAAAUAAACACACUUUCUAUCGAUCAGAUGGGUAAUGAUUUCAUAAUAGGAAGAGAUGGACUACAGACAUCAUCACUGUCAGAACCAAUGGUCGAUGCCCAACUGGGAUUUACUGCCGAGCCACAAACACAGGUCGAUGUACAGAAUCAACAUACAAACAUACAAUCACCCUCAAGCACACAAAAAUGUCUUGUCAUGUGUCAUGGUUUUGGAGCCGGUCUUGGUUUCUUCUAUCGUAAUUAUCAUUCGCUGUCUCAGGUGCCUGGGUGGAAGAUAUAUGCCAUCGACUGGUUAGGUAUGGGCAGAUCAUCCAGACCAAAAUUUAAUAUAAAUGCCAAAACAGUCGACGAGGCAGUCGACGAAGCUGAGAGUUUCUUCGUUGAUUCGUUGGAGAAGUGGCGCGAGAUUCACAAAAUCAAGAAGAUGACUUUAUUGGGUCAUUCACUUGGCGGAUAUCUGGCAGCUGUGUACGCAUUGAAGUAUCCCGAACGGGUAGAGCGUUUAAUUCUCGUAUCUCCAGUCGGAAUACCAGAGAAUCCAAGUCCCACCGGCGAAGCUUUAUAUCGAGGUGGUCAAAAGAUUUCCAGCUGGAUUGUUCGUUUGUGGAACGCGAACAUCACACCGCAGUUGAUGAUGCGCUUGUCUGGCCCGUUCGGUCCGUCACUUGUAGAAUGGUAUACCUCUACGCGGUUUAACCAUUUGGAAGAACGGGAUCGGAUUGAUUUAUACGAUUAUUUGUUUCAGAUAUCGAGUGCAUCAGGAAGCGGGGAAUAUGCCUUGAAUAGGAUACUGUCGCCUGGGGCAUAUGCUAGGAAGCCGUUAAUUAGGAGAUUGAAAAAUUUGAAGAUGCCGACCGCUUUUAUAUAUGGUAUGCAUGAUUGGAUGGACUAUCGUGCAGGAGAAGAAGCAAGGAAGACAAUGAGCGUCCCUACAAAAUUAAAACGCAUAAGUAGUGCUGGACAUCACUUAUAUCUAGACAAUCCCCCUGAAUAUGAUUAUGCCAUUGUAGAAGAGAUGCUUGAACAACAGCCCAAGUUCACUGCACUUCACCACAGAGAUAUUGUCACUUAUAUGACUACGAAAUUCUCCAACUCCCCUUCAUCUCGACCAUCGACACCAUCGUACGUAGGCUCUCCAAGUCCGAAUGAUAUCACAGUUGGGUAUAAAGUCUAUGUAGAUGUGAACAAAGAUGCCAAAGAUCAUAACGAGGCUCGUAGAGCGGAAAUAUUGUCUGUCAGGAAUAACAAUGGGCACACGGAAUACUAUGUCCAUUUUAUGGAAUUCAAUAAACGUCUCGACGAGUGGGUAUCUAUAAAUAGAAUAGACUUCUCCAGAGAAAUUGAACGCCCUUCGUCAAAAAAACGAGCCAAAGGUGGUCUAAGAGAAACCGAUUCCUCUUCCCCAAAUCAUAAUGGCAAUCGUACUCCAAUUCCUGUCUCUAAAAAGCGUAAGAUAUCCUCCCUCGACGAUCCAUUUACGCCUCAGUCUGAGGACGCCGAUGUUGAUGCAUCACCGGGUACGCCUACUCCUGCUGUAUUCUCCAAAGAACAAGAGAUCGAAAAGCUACGUCACUCUGGAUCUAUGACGCAAUCAUUCUCUGAGAUAUCUCGUGUGAAGAAUCUGGAAAGGAUACAUAUUGGAAAGUACGAUGUCGAGACGUGGUAUUUUUCGCCGUUUCCAGCCGAGUUUGCUAAUGCUUCGGUUGUUUAUAUUUGUGAGUUUUGCUUAUACCAUUUUAUAAGUGAGCAGCAAUUGAAGAGACAUUUACAAAAAUGUACAGUGCUACAUCCUCCAGGGAAUGAAAUCUAUCGCCAGGGUGAUUUGUCUUUCUUUGAGAUCGACGGUCAUAAGCAGAAAACUUAUUGUCGUAAUCUAUGUCUAUUGUCUAAAUUAUUUCUUGACCAUAAGACUUUGUAUUAUGACGUUGAUCCGUUCCUUUUUUAUAUAAUGUGCAAGAGAGAUAAUAAGGGUUGCCAUAUAAUUGGAUAUUUCUCAAAAGAGAAAGAAAGCGGUGAAGGAUAUAAUCUCGCCUGUAUUCUUACAUUGCCUCAAUAUCAACGCCAAGGUUAUGGGAGAUUAUUAAUAUCAUUUUCUUAUGAACUGUCCAAGAAGGAAGGGAAAAUAGGAUCACCUGAGAAACCACUAUCUGAUCUUGGUCUUUUGUCUUAUCGAGCUUAUUGGACAGAGAUUGUCGUUGAGCUGCUUCUUGAGGUUAAGGAUGCAAAUGAGGAUAUCACUAUUGAAGAUAUAUCCAGUAGAACGAGUGUGUCACAAUCAGAUAUAUUACAAACAUUACAAACAUUAGGUGCUGUUAAACCAUACAAGGGGCAACAGAUUAUUUUGUUAUCAGAGGGGCUAGUAGCCGCGUAUGAGCGGAGUAAAAGGAAGAACAAGAGAAAAAUCGAUGAGAAUUGUUUACAAUGGACGCCUCCUCAGUUUACCUCUAACCAAUUGAGGUAUAUUUAA